AUGGCUCAAUUACGAUUGGGUCAAGAACAAUUUAGAAAAACUUAUGCAUCAUUUGUCGAACAAUAUUUGAUAGCUGGUGUGCCAUACAUUAGAGAUCUGUAUUGUCCGAUUAAUGAAUGUAGAAAUGGCAUCAGACGCCUAGAAUUAGUAAAGUUGAUUCGUUGUACAGCAAAACUUAUCACCAAUGAAUUUCAAGUUCCAGUCAAUCCGACUGAAAACUUAGCACCCGAUGGUCAAGUUUUUGUUGAAAUAUUAGAAAAAGAUCAACAACUUUGUGAAAGAGUAAUUACAACAAGUCCAGACGUACAUUUUGACUGUAUCCAAAUAUGGAUUGAAGAUUUUGUGCAUGAACAAAGACAAUGGCAAGCUGAAGUUUUCUUAAUUAAUAACAGACGCAUUAUUUGUGCAUUCAAUCAUACACUGUUACAUGAAUUGCGGAAAAAUUAUGGUAUUGAUCAUUUUGAUGAAAAAACGAAUCGAUCAGCGCUACUUAAAGAGAAUUUUUACUUUGUGCAUUGCAUACUUAGAUAA